AUGAGUAAAAUAAAUGCAAUCGAUGUUAAAGAUGUACAUAUUUUAACUUCAGGGCAGGUUAUUAUAGAUAUAAGUACAACUGUUAAGGAAUUAGUUGAUAACAGCAUAGAUGCUAACGCCAGCCAAAUUGAUAUUAUUUUCAAAAAAUAUGGUAUUGAUUCUGUGGAAUGUUCUGAUGAUGGAAACGGUAUUCAACCUGAUGACUAUAAGAGUUUGACAAUGAAACAUUAUACUUCAAAAAUCGCUAAUUUCCAAGAUAUAACUAAUGUUACUACUUUAGGUUUUAGAGGUGAAGCAUUGUCCUCGUUGUGUGCUAUUUCUCAGGUUGUCGUAACAACAACUGUUAACCCACCUAGAGCAGAUAAAAUUGAAUAUGACAUUAGCGGAAAUAUCUAUUCACAAACCGUAACAUCAAGAAAUAAAGGUACAAGUGUGCAAAUUUCGGAUCUAUUUUAUAAUUUGCCAGUUAGAAGAAAGGAGUUAAUGAAAACAGGUAAAAGACAAUUUACUAAAUGCAUUACCCUUUUACAAAGUUAUGCAAUUAUAAAUACUAACAUUAAAUUUUCAGUUGUGAAUAUAACACCAAGUGGUAAACGUCAACGAGUUUUCUCGACGUUAAGUAACAAAGGAAUGCAGAAAAAUAUAUUAAGCGUGUUUGGCUCAACUAAUUUGCAUGGGUUAGCUGAAGUUAAAUUUACCCUUGAUUUGAACCCUUACAAAUCUCACUUCAGUAAAAGAUAUGAUGAAGAUGAUACAUUUGAUGAUCUGAAUUACACCAUCACCGUUGAAGGUUUGCUUUCCAAAAGUUCCUUUGGUAGUGGUCGCAACAACAAAGAUAGACAAUUUGUAUAUAUAAAUAAAAGACCAAUCGAGUACCCCACAUUAGUAAAAAGUUGCAAUGAAACUUACAGGCAAUUUAAUAAUGUUCAAUAUCCAGCAUUUUUCCUUAAUUUCAUUGUCUCCCCUGAGCUCAUCGAUUUGAAUGUAACACCAGACAAGAGAACAGUGAUUCUGCACAAUGAAAGGUAUGUUAUUGAUCUUUUUAAGGAAGAGUUACUAAAAUAUUUUCAAAACCAAGACUUACAGCUUCCAAAGAAAGAGAUGACAGUUUUAAAAGAAGUUUCUUUAAAAAAUGACUCUAUUGAUAUAUUACCUAACGCUGCUUUGAAAGUCACUGAUGAGGAGAAAAAAAGCAAUUCCUCUUUUAUAGAUACAGAUAUGGAUGACACUGCUACUAAAAAUUAUUCCAGUGAAAUUGACAUUCCAUUUGAUGUAAAUACUCAAAUUCAGAGUUCCUCUCUUGUAGAUACUGACCUCAAACCCAAAUUAAAUAAAGUAGAAAGCCACGUUAAAGUAAUUGAAGGAGAAAGCAUGCUGGAUGGAUCAGUACACAAUGUUAGAGAAUACGAAGAUAAAAUAAAUAGUGCGGAUGAUAUAGAUAAUAGCACAUUCAAUGAGAACCACAGUCCGAAUUCUAAUGUAAAUAAACAGUUAGAUCUACAUUCAUUUAAAAACCCAUUGGCUGAGGAAUUUGAAAACGUUAGCCAGAAUAAACAUAAUGAUAUAGAUCAAGAAGAUGUUGAACAAGUAAUAAUAAAUAUUGAUGGUGAAGUUGAAGAACAUUUCGUUAAAAUAAUUGAAGAUAAAAAGUUGUUGUUUGUGGGUGAUCACGACAGUUAUUCAGAAACUCCUUAUGAGGAUACUGAUAAAUAUAACACAAAUAAUGUUGAAGUUGACAAUUGUGAUAUUUCCAAUGCUGAUUCUCAUGAUGAUUUGGAGGUUGGCUUAUUAAGUCAAGAAACUAACGUAAGAGUCCCUAUCAGAGAUUUUCAUCGUGAUGUUACCACUGAGAAAUUACGAUCCAUAUCCGAUUUUAACGGCAUAAAUUCUACUAAGAAGGAUAAUGGUUUAAUAUAUUCUACUAACUUAUUUAUAAACAAACCCAACAGAGUGUUUGAUGAAGGUGCACAGUUUCUGAAAUAUAUAGAAAAGAUGAAGUUAGUUCAUCAUAGUCUUAGCAUUAAACAAAGUGAUCAUCUGAAUGAUUUAGAGGAAGGUGACAGGUACCUUACCUUAACCGUUAAGAAAAAACAGUUUAAUAAUAUGAAUCUCGUUGGACAAUUUAAUUUGGGUUUCAUUAUUACAACUUGCAACAUUGACGGGAAGUCAAAUUUAUUUAUUGUGGAUCAACAUGCCAGUGACGAGAAAUACAAUUUCGAGACAUUGCAAAAAAACACAGUAUUCAAGUCACAAAAGCUCAUUAGUAGUCUUCCUGUGGAACUGAGCGUAGUUGAUGAAUUAGUAGUCAUGGAAAAUAUUGAAAUUUUUGAAAAGAAUGGAUUUAAGUUAGAAGUUGAUGAUGAUGGAAAUCAAGGUUGUAAAAUCAGGCUAACUAGUCUACCGGUUUCUAAAAGAACAUUAUUUAACAUUGAAGAUUUCAAUGAAUUAGUUCAACUAGUUAAAGUGAAUGAUGGCAUGAAUAAAGAAAGUAUCAAAUGUUCUAAAAUACGUUCCAUGUUUGCGAUGAGAGCAUGCAGAAGUAGCAUUAUGAUUGGGAAACCAUUAAAUAGAAAGGUGAUGAGUAGAGUAGUAAAAAAUUUGAGCACACUUGACAAACCUUGGAAUUGCCCUCACGGUAGACCAACUAUGAGACAUUUAAUGGAAUUAAAGAACUGGGAUUCUUAUAUGGAUGAUUAUACUAUUUAA